AUGGCUUUAGCAAUUGAAAAAUCAAAAAUCUUAGAAUUUUUGGAACUCGUCGGUCGUUUGAAGCAUGUUAAAAGGACUGGCUGGGUGCUUUGUGAUAUAAAUGAAUGUGAGUCCAUUGCUGGGCACAUGUACCGCAUGGGUUUGAUGACCUUCCUGCUCACAGAUGAGAACAAUCCUACCAAUCUGGACAGGUUCAGAUGUCUCCAAAUAGCUCUUGUCCAUGAUUUAGCCGAAUGUAUAGUUGGAGACCUCACACCACAUUGUGGUGUAUCACCUGAAGAGAAACAUCGACGAGAAGAUGCGGCUAUGCAGGAAAUAGCAGAACUUACUGGCAUUGCUGGUGACAGAAUGUACAAUCUUUACAAAGAAUAUGAAAACCAAACAUCACCGGAGGCUAAAUUCGCCAAAGACUUGGAUCGCUAUGACAUGAUUUUGCAAGCAUUUGAGUAUGAAAAACGUGAAAAUGCACCAAAGAAGUUGCAGGAGUUCUUCACUGCCACUGAAGGGAAAUUUGAUCAUCCUUUCAUCAAAGAUCUGGUCACAGAACUGUACAGACAACGAGAGGAGUUUGAAAAGAAAUGCCUAACAAACGGGCAUGUAUAA